AUGUUUCGAGAAAAACCAUCGGCCAUUCAGACCGCAAUCCUUCGAGCUACCGAUGAGAAGAACACUAAAGAUAAAUGGGAUUUGAUUAUGGAUGUGUGCGAUCUACUGUCAAGCAGCUCAGAAGAAUCUUGCCGAAGUGCUAUUCAAUUCCUUGAUAAACGAUUGAAUUCUAUAAAUUCCAAUGUCCAAUUACUGACAUUAACUUUGACAGAUGCUAUUGUAAAGAAUUGUGAUUCAAAGACACAACAUGAAAUUGCUUCCCGUUUAUUCACGGAUAGUCUUUUGCACAUAGCAGGGAGUCCAAGCACUCAUAAUCAAAUCAAAAGUAAAAUUGCAGUUUUGGUUAAUGAAUGGGCAACAGUAUUACAACAUGAUCCGAGCAUGGACUUAAUGCAACGAACAUGCGAUGAAAUUCGAAAGCUAGACAUUGUUGAUUUACGAGCCCCCAAAAAACCAGGCAAGCAAAAAAAGAACAAUUCAGAAUUAAAAAAAGAGGAAGAUGAAUUACAGUUUGCAUUAGCCCUGUCAUUAUCAGAGGCUACAGCCCAAGAAGCCGAAAGCCAGAAGCAUACUGAAGACGAGAAGAACUCAGAACAACCGACCGAACCUAAAGAUACUUCUUUAACUACGACUUCAGCAUCCUCGAUUUCUCGUGUACGUGCGUUAUACGACUUUGCUGCUUCUGAACCUGGUGAGUUGUCUUUCCAAAAGGGGGAUGUCAUACUAGUUCUGGAAAGCGUUUUUAAAGAUUGGUGGAAGGGUUCUUGUAAGAACAAAGUUGGAAUCUUCCCCGUCAAUUAUGUAGAAAGGAUUGUUGAACCAACCUCUGAGCAGAAGGAGCAGAUGCUUAAAGCAGAACAACUUACUUUUGAUGCUCUUCCAAGGAUUGAUGAUUUGCUAAACAUACUAUCGUCGGCUCCACCCGAAGCUGCUGAUGACGAUGAAUUACAGACUAAAUAUCACGAAACCAUUAUUUUACGACCGAAGCUUAUACGAUUAAUAGAAAAAUAUGCCUCUCAGAAAGAAGAAUUAAUGGACCUGAAUGAACGAUUGCUAGGUGCCCGGAAAGAUUAUGAAGCUUUGUAUGAGCAGUCAAUGUUGGAAAUGAGAAGGUAUUAA